AUGCUUUUCCGUGAUCAGCACGACAGCGGCAAUGGUGCAGACGCCGUGGGUACAGGCGUGGCGAAUCAGCACAACGAAGAUGACGAGACAUGCUCGACUGGUGAGCGGAGCUACACGAGCGCCGAGUCCGCCACUGCGCAGAGCUUCGAGCAUCGCAUGGAGCAGCUGCAAAACACGAUGAACAUGAUGUCCGACAUCAGCGGCGGAUCCGAUGCCUUCUCCAAGGCAGGGUCUGGCAUUGACGGCGGUGCACAGACCUACCUCACGCCUGGCUACCAGCUCUUUCCCAAAGCCGAUGGCGCGUACGCUGACACCGACUCCGAUGACGUCGAUGAUGUGCAGAAGAGUCUGCCAGUGAUGGGGCAUGUCAACGACGGUGGCGAUGGAGGGUCGAAGCGUGCUAGACACAACACCACGUCCUCCGGAAGGCAACCCGCAAGCUUUAUAGAUGAAGACGAGGAGGACGCCGAUUACUUGGCGUCGCUACUGAGAAACAUCGAGAAGCACGCUGAGCGGCUCGACACCCAGUUUCACCGCUACCCACCUUCGGAUGUGAUCAAACAGCAGAUGGCUACGACGGCUCCGCCGAGUGAGGAAAAGGCGAAGGACCACGCCGCGGCGACCGGCAACGGCGCCGCGUCGGCUGGAUCCUGUGGUGCGACCGCCUCGGCGGGAGAGGGCAGCGUCGCUGAGGAUCAGUCAGGCAGCGGCAGUGCUUUCUCCCCCAGGUCGUCGCCGCAGGCACUGAGGGCAGGAUCACCCGCACCGUCACCGACCGCUGCGGCGGCACCGGCGUCGUCGAACAGCCCAGGUACAAAGCUGUUCCUGGGAGGCCUGCGCUACGAGGUCAUUCAAAGCGGGCGGCACAUGGUGAGCUGGAUCUUCCAGGUCGCUUGCGGCGUGCACCUGAGCCCGUCAAGCAUUCUUAUACAUCGCAAGACGAAGAAUGGGCGCUCAAACGUGGCACCAACGGGGUGUGCGUCUGUGUUUAUCACCAACGACGCCGAUGUGCAGGCGCUCCUGGAUAUGAACCAGCGCAUCUACUGUGCUGAAGAGGGCGUCUAUGUGUCGCCAUCACCUAAGAUCAUGAAGGAGCUUAUCGCAUCAAAGGACAUAGUCGAUGUGACCGGAGGCCGCGUGCGGGGGCCCACCCAUCCCGUCGUGAUUGAGCGUGCCUACAGUCUCAGCCACCACCAUGGCCACCGCGAGAGUAGCGGCAGCGGCACCCGCGGGCACGGUGGCGCUGGGGGCGGUGCAGCGGCUAGCGGCGGCGGGGGCCACCGCCACACACGCACGACUUCGUCUGCUAGCACGGAGAGCAACCUGUCAAGCCAGCUCCGGGGACCCAUGCCGCCGCCGUACGGGAGUGUACCGCCACCUCAGUACGGCGCCGUACACGCCUCUCCUUCGGGUAUACCGGGCAGCCUGCAGCCACCGUCUUACACGCCAUCUACUGUCUCCAGCUCCACGGGGAUGGGCUGCAUGCCAGUGGCCGGAAGCGUGCCAACCAGGUCAAGCAGCACCACCCUUUAUCCCUCCAGUGCCGUCCUGUCAGGGCAGUCGUCGCCGUCGACGCAGCCGCUUCUCGGGGACGCGCUGCCAUUUAGUCCGCCGUCCGCCGCUAAGGGGCUGGAUCCGCAGCGCGUGACGUUUCACGCCUACUUGCGCAGCGACGCCGCGGUACACAGGAGCCCCACCGCGCCCUCGCCCUCAGGCUUGUCUUCCACCACUUGCAGCUCCGCAGCGCACCACACGGUGCUGUUCAUUGCUGCUUUGCCGACUGAGGCGACCUCAGACUACGUCUCGUGGCUUUUUUCGCUCAUGAGCAUUACGCUGCCCCCUUCCCACAUCCACAUCAUUGGCGGCGGAGGUAGCAACCCUGUCGUGAGCGGCCCUCCAGGCGGGGCUUCGUCAGCCGGCGUUGGCAAGAACAUGUCGGACAGCUGCGCCACAGUAAACCUCGGCGAAGGCGACAUCCCCAUUGCACUCAACUACCAUCGUCGCGUGCUGUGCACCUCACGAGGUGUGUGGAUAGGCCACUCAGCGCAGGACAUUGCUGCUCUGCGGGCCAGCGACGCAUCUUUGCGUGACUGCCCAGCGCUGCACGUGGAUCGGCGCAUGUCUGCGCAGACGGCCGCCGGCGGUGGGAGUGGCAGCACUGCCUCACCAGAAACUCCAGUCUAUACGCACGGCGGCGCAGGGGGUGAGUUUGGUAGCAGCGAUGUCCCGCCUUAUCCGCCGAUGCAGGUGCCGUACUCACCACCCGUCUUUGGCGGCAUGCCGGUGAUGCCGGCGGCUACUGUUGGUGGUGCCGUGAACGGGAUGCCGUUCCCGAUGCAGUGGGGCUUCGGCAUUCCCUCUUCAUCUGCCAACUGCAUGCGCGCAGGCGUGCCGCCGCCGCCCCAGGCGGCGAUGAUGGGCGGCGCUGUGGCUCCUGCCAUGAGUGCUGGAGCUCCGCCACCGCCGCCGAAUGCGACGAUGCCGCCCCCGUUCCCGUUCCCGCAGACGGUUACGAUUGGUGACCGUGUCUAUCAGCUGCCUCACGGCGCAACGCUGCAGUUUUUGCCAGUCAUCACUCCCGCCGGCGGUGCUGGCGCGGGCGGCGAGGCUGAGGCCGGUGGCACGGGUGGCGCUGCUGGAGGUCGUCGGCGGAGCGAAUCUUCAGGUCAUCGGCACUCCUCGAGCCUGGAGGCGCCGGCAACACCGAGAACCGGCUUACCUCAGCCCGACAUACCGCUGCACUUCAGCACGCGACUCUCGUAG